AUGGCAGAUCCUACAUCGUCACUCGGCUCCAAGGUCUUCAAGGGAAUAUCCGCGACACUCCUAACCUCAUGGACGAUAACAAGUCUGGGCUUCUCCGCACUCAACAUCCUGAAUGCCAAUCGCAGCCUUAUCGGGACAGCCGCAUCAAUCAGCCUCCUCACCUACCUAGCCUGCCGACUGCUGGUGCUCACACAGCCCAACAUCCCCAAUGAUUCGAUCGCGCGCCUCCUGACAACCGCGCAUCGCGGAUCACGGCGGCAUGCGCUCGCCACUUUCGCGUUCACGUGCGCCUGGCUGUACGAGCUUCUCUCGCAGGCCUUGAUCAUGGUGUUCAUGACGAUUUUCGGAGGCGCGAUCGCGGCGGCUAUUUACAAUGAGUCUGUUGAGGAGCCGGUGGGUCCGGUCAAUCGAAGCGUUUCGGAUAUGCAGAAUACUUCGCUUGUGGAGAUUGGCGAGUUCAAGGACAAGGUUGGGGUGGAUCCGGUCGCUCUUUUCAAGUUGAUUCCGCCCAAGGCCUUGAUUUAUUUUGCUGUGCUUGUGUGGGCUAAUUUUGCUACUUUGGGCCUUUAUGUGCUAAGGCUUUGGUGGAGGUCCGCGAUGCUUGUUCUGGGUUCUUCGCCUGUUGGCAUUGCUGGGGGCAGCCAGAUCGGGCGGUGA